UUACGACAGUAAGUGAUGAACGCACUUUAAUCAUCAGAAUACACAAAAUGGCAAGAUUGACGACUUUCAUACGCGUAUGGUUCAUUGGCCUUCUUCUUGCAGAAAAGGCGAGCGCGCAGGAAAAGUGCUUCGACGCGCCUCCGCUGGAGAUUGAGAACAAGCACUUCUUCACUCUGGAUGGAGCCUUCGUCCCAAUCAGAGGCAUUGCGUACUACCCGCGGCCAAAUGCGGGCCCAAAUGACAAGAACAAUAUUGAUUUCUAUACAGAAGAGUAUCGCCACAUGUGGGAGCGCGACGUGUCUCGCUUGAGAGAACUUAACGUGAACGCAAUCAGAAUCUACGCGGUGGAUCCAGGUAAAAACCACGAUGCCUUCAUGUGUGCCUGCAAAAGCGCUGGAAUUUAUGUCAUUAUUGGACUAGGUGCAAACUGUGCCAAUUGCUCCAUUACAUCAGCGCCUGCUCCAGCGUGUUACCCACCAGAGCUCAAAACUCGGGGAGAGUUCAUAAUAAGUGUCUUCUCCAAAUACACAAACGUGCUAGGCUUCAGCGCUGGGAACGAAGUAGGACUAUUGUUUGACGCUCUGAAUGAACCGGAACGGAACGGUCCUUGUCAAAAAAAAUCCAUUCGAGAUAUGAGGGCCUUUAUCCAGAGCUGCUCUACCAUGCGAAAAAUUCCUGUUGGAUUAGCUGUUGCGGACGUCGAGAGAGAGCUAAAUGCCGCCUACUAUGGCUGCCGAAGCGAUCCAGAUGAUAACUUAGAAAACGCAGAGUGGUACGGAAUCAAUACCUAUCAACACUGCAACUCGCUACAGACAAAUCCGCAAGAGCUAACUGGCUUUCAAAAUCUUCUGCGGGACUUUUCUCAAAUUGGCCUCAGCAUUCCUGUCGUGCUCGCCGAGUAUGGAUGUAUCAAUGAAUCGUUUUUGACAACCGGCGGAUUCGAAGACCAACGUACUUUCCUGCAAGUCGAGACUCUGUUCUCUCCUGUCUAUUUACAAGAGUUUACCGGGGGGUUCGUGUUUGAAUACUCGAUUGAACGCGUAAAUGCAAUGUCUCCAUGGCCUUUUGAAGAGUUUGGAAGUGGACGGUAUGGUGUUGGCUACUUUGCGCCCGAAAACUGUGACGAUAUCAACAUCACGUGCUCAUACGUACCUACACCUGAGUUUGAAAACCUUUCUGCAGCUUACGCGGCAGUCUCUGUGAAUACACCACCUGCCUCGUCCGCCCGGUCUGAGGUGACAGAGUGUCCCGAGCAAUUUCCUGCACUCAGCAGCUUUGACUGGUCUUCUGAUAGUGUUAUUAGUCGGCAGUGCCCUCAACCAGUCACGGUAUCCUGUCCAGUUGUUCCUGGCUGUGGUUCAACAAUGUCACCGAAUACAACCUUGACUGCAAUUCCGACAUCUCCCAUUUCUGACAGUCCUUCCCAGAUCCCCAGUACGUCUCUUCCCACGAUAUCUACAGCGCUACCGACUGCGUCUACAAGGGUUACAACCUCGCCGCAACCCACCGAUGGAAUCCCUCUCGAUGCUCCUUCCGCUGCACCCAGCAAUCGCACGCCAACUCAGAAGCCAGUACUUCGCUCCCUUCCUCCCUUUCCAUCCAACUCGCUCACAGUCGGUUCUUCUGGCAAACAAAGAAAUCAUCUGGAAUCCAGCUUUGCUUUUCUUUUGGUAGCCUGGUUUCUCUAGUAGUUUGCAAACAAUAGGUCAAAAAAUACAGAUUUCCUAUUAGCC